AUGGCAACUCUCAAACUUGUUUUCAUUACCUUGCUUUACAUCACUGCUUCACUGACCAUUGCUUCCUGUGCCAAGGAACAAAAGAAUGAGAACACUGAUUCCAGCGUAAAUGAAGGAUCCAAGAAGAAGAAAGUCACUUAUGAUGGCAGGUCACUCAUAAUCGAUGGAAAACGGGAGCUUCUCUUCUCCGGUUCCGUCCAUUACCCUCGAGUUCCCCCAGAGGCGUGGUCAUCAAUUAUUGACAAAUCAAGACGUGGAGGUAUAAACGUGAUUCAAACUUACAUCUUCUGGAACGCUCAUGAGCCUGAGAAAGGAAAGUUCAAAGUGGACCCAGAGUAUGAUUUCGUGAAGUUCAUGCAGAUCUGUCAUGAUAAAGGACUGUAUGUAACCCUCAGGCUUGGGCCUUUCAUCCAAGCUGAAUGGAAUCAUGGAGGACUUCCAUAUUGGCUAAGAGAGGUCCCUGAUAUCAUAUUCCGCUCUAACAAUGAACCCUUUAAGAAGUACAUGAAAGAAUAUGCAACAACUGUUGUAAAAAUGUUGAAAGAUGCGAACCUAUUUGCUCCCCAAGGAGGCCCCAUCAUCUUGGCACAGAUUGAGAAUGAGUACAACCAUAUCCAACGUGCUUUUAGAGAGGAAGGAGAUAAUUAUGUCCAAUGGGCCGCAAAUAUGGCAGUGUCACUGGAUGUUGGAGUUCCAUGGAUCAUGUGCAAGCAAACGGAUGCUCCUGAUCCAGUGAUUAAUGCAUGCAAUGGAAGGCACUGUGGUGAUACCUUCUCAGGCCCCAACAAACCCCACAAGCCUGCCCUGUGGACUGAAAAUUGGACUGCUCAGUAUAGAGUGUUUGGAGAUCCACCAUCCCAAAGAUCAGCAGAAGACAUUGCCUUCUCAGUUGCUCGCUUCUUCUCCAAGAAUGGGUCUUUGGUGAACUACUAUAUGUACCAUGGUGGAACAAAUUUUGGUAGAACAAGCUCUGCCUUCAGUACAACCCGAUAUUACGAUGAAGCACCUCUUGAUGAGUUCGGUUUGCCCAGAGAUCCAAAAUGGUCUCACCUGAGGGACGUGCACAAGGCAUUGAACCUAUGCAGGAAGGCACUGUUCGGGUGUGGAACUACCGUCACAAAACUGAGCCAGCAUCACGAGAUUACAGUUUACGAGAGGCCAGGUAGUGACUUAUGUUCUGCUUUCAUCACUAACAACCACACCAAAACAGCAGCCACCUUAGAAUUCAGAGGUUCGAAGUAUUAUUUGCCACCACGUUCCAUUAGUAUCCUCCCUGACUGCAAGACUGUGAUUGCUUCACAACAUAAUUCAAGGAACUUCAAGAAGUCAAGCCAAGCAAACAAUCACAAGUGGGAGGUGUUUACUGAGAGCAUUCCAGACCCCAAGGAUAUACCAGUUAGUUUAAAUGUUCCCAUAGAGCUUUAUAGCUUGCUUAAAGACACCACCGACUAUGCAUGGUAUACCACCAGCUUUAAAUUGACUCCGGAAGACUUGUCAAAGAAGAAUGAGAUAACCCCCGUUCUUCGUAUUAUGAGUCUUGGCCAUUCAUUGCUUGCCUAUGUAAAUGGAGAAUUCAUUGGAUCAAAUCAUGGUACUCACGAAGAGAAAGGGUUUGAACUACAGAAAGCUGUAAAGUUGAAGGAAGGAGUUAACACGAUAGCUAUCUUGGCUAGUACUGUUGGACUCCCCGACAGUGGAGCUUACAUGGAGCACAGGUAUGCUGGACCCAAGUCUAUACAAAUCCUUGGUCUUAACUCUGGAAAAGUUGAUCUGACUUACAAUGGUUGGGGUACCAAGGUUGGUAUCCAAGGUGAGGAGCUUAGCAUUUUCACUGAGAAGGGAUCAAAGAAUGUACAAUGGCAACAGGUCCAGGGAACUGGAAAGACUCUCUCCUGGUACAAGACAAGUUUUUCAACCCCAGAGGGAAGGGAUCCUGUUGCCAUAAAGAUGACUGGUAUGGGGAAGGGAAUGGUUUGGAUCAAUGGUAAAAGCAUUGGUCGUCAUUGGAUGAGCUUCCUCUCUCCCCUUGGAACUCCUACUCAAUCAGAGUACCACAUCCCAAGAUUUUUCCUCAAUCCAACUGACAACUUGCUUGUUGUAUUUGAGGAAGAGAAAGCAAACCCAAAAGAUAUUGAGAUCGUAACUGUUGACAGAGAUACAAUAUGCAGUGUGAUCACAGAGAAUCACCCCGCACACAUAAGCUCAUGGGAAUCUAAGGGUGGGAAGUUCCAGUCUGUUGUUCAAAAUCCAGUGCCAUCAGCUACACUCUCAUGUCCACUCUUCAAAACCGUGAAGGCCGUGGAGUUUGCAAGCUUUGGUGAUCCUACGGGUAUCUGUGGAGACUUUGUCAUGGGAAAAUGUGAUGCACCUACAACUAAGCAGCUUGUUGAACAGCAUUGCCUGGGAAAAAAUUCAUGCAAUGUUCCAUUUGACAAGGCAACCUUCACUCAGGGCAAGGAUGCUUGCCCAGAAGUGAUGAAGAUACUUGCAAUCCAACUCAAGUGUGACUUCUAG